AACCGAAUUUUUUCAUGGGCGGUUGAGAAGCCGGAGAGAGCUAUCACGCCGCCGUUCAUUUCCCCAAUCCCCUCUCCCCCUGCGAGUUUUCCCAUCUUCGCGGCCCACGAGCGCCGCCGCCCUCACCUGGUCUUGCGCGCCCGCUCGCUCGACGGGCUCAUCGCGGACGGGACGAGCUGCGGCGGCGGCAGGAGGGCCGGAGACCAUCGGUGUGAUCCUGUUCUCAAGUCCACAAGACGAGUUCAGCGCCCGCCACCUGUUCGACGAAAUGGACAAGAAAGCAGCCGGCACCCGCGAGGAUCCCUUCCGCGUCCUCCCCGACGACGUGCUCGACCACAUCCUGUCCUUUCUGCUGGGGGAUGAUGCCAUGCAGACCUGCGUGCUCAACACCCAGUGGCACGACCUCUGGAGGCGCAAAACCAGCCUGCGCUUCAUCCUUGACGAAUGGUCAAGUUACAGCACCCAGCGUUUCAAUCAGUUGGUGAAGCUGAUAAUCCACCUCAGGGGCGAUGCAUCCCUGACCGACUGCCAGAUCAAUCCCUGUGGUGAUGUGGGCCAUUGUGAUUUCUCACAAACCAAGCUGUUGAUUGAGUACGUUCUAAAGUGCCGGGUUGAGGAUCUCUUAGUUUGCGCCGGUGAGUAUGUGCACGAUCCAUUGCUGCUCGAAGCACGUCUCAUCUCCCGCCACUUGAGGACCAUAGAAUUUGGAAAUGUUGACCUCAUAGAUUCCUCACUAGAUUUCUCGGGCUGCCCGGUAUUAGAGGAGCUAGCGAUAGAAAGUUGCUGCGUUGGCACAAGGAAGAUAUGUUCUAGAUCACUAAAGCAUCUGCGGUUCACUGGGGAUUGUAUCUUCUCUAAUGAAAUCCACAUUGAUAUUGCUGCCCCGCGUCUUAUCUCACUGGAACUAGGUAAUUUUCUGAACUUGUCUCCUUCCCUUGAAGAGAUGCCAUUACUGGAAAAGGCAUCUAUUUUGCUUGGCGAUGAGUGUUGCAAUGUCUGUAAAAGUGACGAGGAGGAUUUUAGUGAUCUUACAUGUGGAUGUGCUAACAAGAAGUGUCUGCUUCUCAACGGAUUGUCCAAUGCUGUUGAUUUGAAAUUGAUUGCUGCGCCUGAUUUGCUUAUUUUCAAAAGGGAUUUGGAAUGGCGCCCUAAAUUUGACAAAUUAAAGACUCUGGUACUCAAUGAUUGGUUUACGGCUAUUGACCUAGUUUGCAUUCUCCAACACUCGCCAAAUCUUGAGAAGUUCACUCUUAAGAUCGAUUUCCCUGAGGUUCCAUCCACUGAUUGGGACUAAGAUGUGAGCUCGGUCAUGAUGUUCGUCUGCAGAUUUAUAUAUGUUUCUCUAAAGAGUCGUCUGUAAUGGUGCCAUGCGUUGGUGGUUAGCUUGUUACCGUGAUGUUCAGUUUCUCCUUCCCAUCUAUUGUCUCUGCUGGAAAUCUGUUGUUGUGGUUUCUUUUGUGCAAUUUUGCACAAACGGUCUAAAUUUUGUUGAAUUGGGAAUGUGCAACUUAGCAAAAUGAUGUCCGUCAGAACAUUGCUAUAUUUUUAAUGGAUGUUUGGAAGCGCA